UGCUUUUGCGGACAUGUCAUUUGUUAGACACAAUGAAAAUUGUAUGACUGAACCAAACAAUGCCUUAAACCGUUAGAUGGAUAGAUGCAUCAAAGGGUCAAAAUAAAUCAAGAAAAUAAAGCCAAUACGCGGUCGUUCUGCUCACACUCUCCAAACGAAAAUUCUCUCGCAUUCGCACAACUCUCGUGCUUUUUUCUGCUCUCACCAUCGUACUCCGUCGCGCCGCCGUGAGCAUGCCCAUCAGAUGGAUUCUGCACUGGCAACCCCACCAAGGAACGGUGGUGAACAGCCACACCCUCAACGAAAUCUCACAGUGCGUGGAGAACAUCAAUGGCGUCAAAGAUGGAAGAUGGAAAUCCACCCUCACUUUCUACAGACCCAAUUUGCGAGACCAGUCCAUUGCUACCGAUUUCCCGCGAGAUUUCCUCGGGAUUUCGCUUAUGGAGCAGCCCACCAAAUACUACUUCAUCAUUCGCGGCCAUAAGAUUGUUGUUGAAGCUGAUUCUUCAAUCCUCACUAUCAUGGAGAAACUCCAGUCUUACAAAUCCAAAGUCGCCCUUAAUUUCGAGGGAGUGCAGUAUAAACUGGGUGACUUUCAGCUCAGAGUGAUUAAAGUUGUUCCCAAUCAAGCUGAAAAUCUCAGAGGGAUUUUAAUGGAGAUUGAGUACCUCCCUAUUUCCUCAGUUGAAAAAUCCAGGCCAAUCAUGGAAGAGUUCAUUGAAAUAUGGCGAGAAGUCCUGUCUAAAAAGUCAUUACCCGGCCAUUUCAUGCGUGCAGAACCGAAUUUUAAAGAAUAUGGGCUCGGUGACACUUAUACUCCGCAACAUACAGCUGUUCAGUACGCUGCAGCUUUGGCCCAACUGAUUGCAUCAGUGCAGUUAAGGAACUAGGACCAUUCUAGGUUUUCCGUUCCCACCUCUUGCUUGAAAAAGACUACACACUUCCCAUGAGGUGAACCACCAAGGAAAAUUUGAAGGGGUUGGUUGGGGGGCUGAUGUUUGUAAUGUUUUCUAGUUAUCAAAGGCAACAUCUUUUGUUACUGAACACGACGAAUGUAUAACAUUGUGAUUGGGAAAGUAAAUUUUGUUGUCUCUUUA